AUGAUGAGUCAUAUGCAUGGCUACAGUCAUGAAUCGAUGAUUUAAUUUCUGAUUACAAAGACAGACUUGCCGUCCAAAUUCCACCUACUCGCUCAAAACGAGACCUGCUCAGCAGUAUGGCCGGCUUGUUUGGAUCAAUUAAUUCAGCAGCCAACACCUACAAAAUAACGAAACAAUCCCAAUUCUCCACAUGGUUGACAGACCAGAUGGCCACUGGUUUCCAACACCUCACCAAUAGCAAUGAUAACAUUAUCAAAGCGGUUCGUUCUGAGGCGCAGGCGCUUCUGACGAUCAGCCACACAUUGUUCAAUCAGACCCGUACCAUCGAACGUGACUUAGCCUGUAGAUCAUAUGCACAAGAUUUAUUCACUGCCACAAGACAAGAAAUUUUAGAUCUUCGCCUUCACCAGACCCCUAGACAUGUUUUAAAUGAUUUAAUUGAAGUUUUAGAUUUGCAUAGAUGGUUCUCUUCAGAAAAAAUUAAAAAUGUCAAAUAUUCAGAACUGUUAUCCACAAUUAUGAUGUAUACUGGAAACGAAUGUAUUGGUUGCAUUGGAUUUUUUGCCACUUUUCCUUUAAUACACCCAGAUCAAGUUUAUCCAAAUUCCACUACUAUUCGCUCUAUUGGCAUGGUAGUUAAAGAUCAGGUAAUUAAAUGGGAUCACCUCACGGGAUAUAUGACUUUGAAGGGUACUGAGACCUUGUUUACCAGUCGCACUUGUUGUCAUGAAACUCACAAUUAUGUUGUCUGUACAUGUAACACAUUACAGCCUUUCUCCUCCAAUGAUAGCAAACUCAUAAAUGUUGAAUCGUUGCAUGGCCAUUCAAAUGCUGUUCAGGUGUCUCAUACACAGUGGUGCAUCAUCAGUGAGAUGAAUUCGUUCACAUAUGGAGGACUGACCUGUCCUGCUAAUCACUCCUUUUGCUUGGAAGUGACAGAGGACUUUUCUAUGGGCCAGAUUGACAUCCUCGGAAGGAUGCCAAAGGACGCAGAGGUCUCUCCAUGGUGGGACGACACCUUUUAUGAACACGGAACACAAGCUUUGGUCGACACGAUGGACUUGGUACAGAACAUCGUCCUCCAAAAAGAGUACCACCUCUCUCAAGCGCAAGUGGAGACGAACUUGGCGCGAAAGACUGCACAGAUCCUGUCUAGCUCAUCUACUCGAUCGGCACAGACUGCAUACACCUGGUGGGACUGGGUACUUCGAGGUUGUGCGGUUGGAAGCGCACUCAUCUUCUCCUUCACGCUAUUCCAAUGUUGCUACUUCCGACACCUCAUCAGAUCAGUAAAAGCAUCCACCAACACCAUCUUAACUCUCAGCCCCUUGAAGCUGCCCACCUUACAAAGACUGAAGUGACACCGCAGGAAACCCUGUGAGUGGCCCACGGUGCCAAAGGAGGGAGCUGUAAGGCUGGUGCCGGUAUGUCUGAUCGACCCCUCAAUGUGACAAAAGGCCCUCCUAGGAAUUAACACUUGAACUAUCUCUUGAAUAUGUAACUCCCUCUUGCAUAUGUAACAGGAACUUUGGAGACGCAGCACACAGUGCAGUUCACACUUCACCCACACACUAUCUCCCCCACAUCCCCCUCCUCCUCACCUGAAAUACACUGAAACCUUAUGCAAUGUUAUGUGUGUACGAAAAUGUAACUACUCAUGUUUGGUGUCUUUUAAUGUGUCACAAUGCGCCUGGUGACAUUGUCUCAUUCUCCCAACUAUGAUGAAAAGCUAAAAGAAGUUAUGAAAUGUGAGAAAAGUGAUGUGUCCCAUAAUAGCCUCAUUCAAACUACCUCCUGUAUGUAAAAUCAGGCAGACCUCACAGUGUGAGCCCCUGAAUAGACAACCAAAAUCUAAUUAUAAUGACAGACAUCACCAUUUGGUAACAAUUGAAUUAUCUGGGUAUAUAAGGAAAACGAGCAGAAAAGUUCGGGGAGUCUGUAGGUUGACUGCCCGCACAAUCGCUGUGUGUAACUCUAUUGACAGGUAAUAAUUACUACAAAUUCUGUGAUUUCGGAAUCAUUGUGAUGAAAUGUUUAACUGACGAUUUUAUCCUUUUGAAUUGGAUUUUGAAUUAUUGCUUCAUUACCUGAUCAAUAAAUUGUAAACGUUUGAUUUUAUUCUGA